AGGAGUUGAUUGUUGAAAAGUUAGAGAGAGUGUUUAUGAAAGACAGAUUGUCUUAGCAAGGGAAAUAGAGCAAAAGAAAGAGAAUAUCAGAAAAUUACUGUUGGAUUUUAGGAUCGUAGAUUAAUACUUUCAAAAGUGAUACUGUUUCCUGAUUAAUUCAACAGGAGUCAUGUUGAUGUGUGGAUGUCCUCUCAUCCUUCUUCUCCUCAUCAUCAAUUUGCUUAAAGUCUCCUUUGUGAUGACAUCAUCACCAUCUCAGAAUGCCACUCAAGCCCAUGUCAGUCUCCCUGGAGACACUGAGGAUUACAACGUAUUUGAGGACAUCACCAUUGAGCCAUCCAGCUCAUCCACCACUCAGUCCAAAGGCCCCAAACUCCAAUGCCUCUAUGACAUGUGUGUGGAGCAGUAUGAACCCUGCUUGCAGCUUUCAUUUACCACUGGGUGCCUUUGCCCUGGGUUGAGUGGAUAUAAUAUCCCCCCAAGUGCGCCUUACAAUUUGAAGUUUUCUCAAGAGGACGGCAAAGGGGUUGUUGUACACUGGUGUGCUCCAACCUCUGUGGUUACCCAUUAUGAUAUCUGGGUACAAGGCAUAGAUAAACAGAUGGACAGGAACAUAGAGGUGAAGCAGCAGAAGAGGACAGCAGUACUGGGGGAUGUGGCAGCUGGUGUGCAUGUGUGUGUAGAGGCAGUAAAUACAGCUGGCAGAAGUGGAAAGGAGAGUCAAUCCUGUGACACGUUUGAGCCCCAUCAUCCAGACUCUGGACUAGCGCUGAAGUUGGGGAUCAUAGGGGGAGUGGUGGGACUUAUAAUGGUGCUGGUACUGGUUCUAUUGCUGCUGAGAUACAAAACAUGGCAGAAAACUACAGCACGGACAGAGGCAGAGAGAAGAGAGGACAAGGUUCUCUAAAAGAGAGAAUAGAGAGUGCAGUGCUUGCGGGAUUAAACAUGUGGGGCAAAUGAUAUGCACUUUAUCUGUGUGUGUCUGUGUGUGGGUGUGUGUGUGUGUGAGCGUGUAUUUAUCACUUUGUGGGGACCAAAUGUCCCCAUAAGGAUAGUAAAACCCGAAAUUUUUGACCUUGUGGGGACAUUUUGUCGGUCCCCAUGAGGAAAACAGCUUAUAAAUCAUACUAAAUUAUGUUUUUUGAAAAUUUAAAAAUGCAGAACUUUUUCUGUGAGGGUUAGGUUUAGGGGUAGGGUUAGGUUUAGGGGAUAGAAUAUAAAGUUUGUACAGUAUAAAAACCAUUAUGUCUAUGGAAAGUCCCCAUAAAACAUGGAAACACAACAUAUGUGUGCGUGCAUGCGUGCGUGCGUGCAUGUGUGUGUGUGUGUGUGUGUGUGCACAUGUAUUCAGAGCGUACAGAAUAUAUGAAUGACUGGGGAUUGAAAGCCAUCUGAACAGGAAGAGGAGUGCAGAGAGUGUGACUGUGUGACUCAGCAAUUCUUCUCAUUUAGUCAUCAGACACCACUCAUGAGUCCACUUCCCAAACCACAAAGACACUUUAUAAACAUCAUAAACACACUUUAAACCUUGAAAUUAUUAUCUGUGUGCAUUUUAUCCUUCAACAUUCUUUCUUCAUGGAAAAUAAUGGCAUGAUCAAGAUUUCUCUAGGUUAUCUAUAUUUAGAUUUAUUUCUGGAUUGUUGAUCUCCAAGUUUUGUACUUUCUUUCUUUGGUGAUAAAGUGUUUGCUUUGAACAUCAGUAUAAAGUUUUUGUAUUUUCUGGGUUUAAUUUCCUUAUUAAAUCAAAACGAUAUUAUUAAUAUGUGCAUUGAAAAAAGUGGUAACAUAUACCUCAAGGUUCUACUACUACUUGCUCUAACCCAUAAAAAUCACUUUUGUUGGUGUAACUAAAUUUUUCAGGGUUUUUUAGUCAGAUUAAAUACCAUUUUGACUUGAAUUGAAGCAGAUAAUUUAGUUAUUUCCACGUGAAGGACAGUUUUAGGUUACCUGACAAAACUUUUCUUGUGUGUGUAGAUUUGUAGGGUCAUGAAACAAACAGCUAAGUAACUGCAGUUCUCACUGCGCGGAUCAUGAAUAAAUGGCGCAACAUCAAACGCAAAGUGCAGGCUUGCGAGUUGCGGCUGUUCUGUCAAGAGUGUCAUUAAAGGGUUGUGUGUAGUAUAUAUAGUACACAGACUAAAAGGAUCAAAUCAGAAGAUAAACAAACAUCUAAUUCGGUCUGAAGUUACAGCACUUCCCUUACAAAAAUCUAGAGUUCUAUCAAACUUUGCAAAUUUGCCACUCAUUGUUUUCACAUGCAAAUGGGAUUGUGAAUGUUUGCCAGAAGUGUGCAGCUCUUCACUGGUAGUGGUGAACCUGCAGCAAACCUUUGGUAACAAUGGACAAUUUGCUGCAAUGCUCAUUUGUGAUGAAUUUGCAGCAAGUUUGAGGCAAAUUUUCCAUGAACUUUCGAUUUUUGUUAGGGUUAACAAACAUCCAGUAUCCAGGAUGAUAGGUGUCAGUAUAGAGUCCAAAACCACAAGUGGCUUACUACUUAGACCCUUGGAAUGAGUAAAAGCCAGCAAAAAAACUAACGCACCUUAAAGAUUUGCACUAAAAACAAAAACGAUUUCUGGUUUCAAACCUGGAACUAUUGUAGAGUUGCUGAGAUCACCAGAUCACCCUUGAACAAAAAGGCUUUUUGUUUAACCUGAAGUUGCUCUAGGCAGACUGUUCCUAUAGUUAACAGACUGUACAUGUAUUUGCAUGAAAGAGCUUAAAAAGAUUAUUAUAAUUAAAGUUGAACACAUUUGUGUUGAGAGACUGUGUUUUAACUAUUAAUCUUGAAUGACAGCUCCAUCUAUUGGUAUGCUGAUGCCAGUUUUACACAGCGUCCAAUGAUAAGGGACAAUGAAAACAUUCUAGAUCAAAAACUCCAGGCCUGAAAUUCAAGUUCUGAAGUUCAGGGGCUGGUUGCACCAGCUAUACAUAAGUUAAAACUUAGCCUAGUUGUGGCAUGAAUGGGCACCAAGUCACAAUUUAUGCACUACUAAAUAUUUGAGCGUUGCACCAUAAAACGUAUGUUGGACGUAACUCUAAGUAUAAAAUACUGUAAAAUAUAAAGUAUAAUAGAAGGUCACUGGUUCAAUCCCCACAGCCACCACCAUUGUGUUCUUGAGCAAGGCACUUAACUCCAGGUUGCUCAGGGGGAUUGUCCCUGUAAUAAGUGCUCUGUAAGUCGCUUUGGAUAAAAGCGUCUGCCAAAUGCAUAAAUGUAAAUGUAAAAUAAAUAUUUACGGAAGCCUCCGACCAGGAGUAAUGGAUGGAAUAAAAAAGCAGACUGCUAUUUUAUGAUAUUAAUGAGCUCGUGUUUUGCAUGACAUUCUUCAAUCCUUUUUACAUGCAGUAUGAUGUUGAUAUUUACACUUGUUUACAUUUACAAGAGAGAAAAUUAUUUUUACUUUUAAGCAGCUCUUCAGCAUGAAACUGAUCUAACGGUGCAGUUUUCAGGGCUCGUCGUCUGGUGUUAAGAGUCAAAAUAUCCUAAAUAUUUACAAUAUUUAAAUGAAUAAAUGUCUAUUUUUCCAGCCUGAUGUAUUAGUAUUUAUUUAUCAUUCCUUAUUUAGUUUAGAUACAUUUCCUAUAUAUUGUUCCCCUUCUGUCACUCACUCGAUGUUGUGUCGAUAAAGUGAGACUAGGGGUCGAUCUUGAGAGCCCAAAACACCUUCAGAUCUUUGAGAAAAGGCCAAUGAGACUUGGCGAGUUUAAUUUUCCUACCACUCCCCCCGACAUAUGGGUAUAAAAGGGAGGCCAGCGGGCAAGUUCAUUCAGAUUUCUUCUUCGGAGCCGAGCAGUCUGCGAGAACCGGGUAAUUCCGGUAGUUCCGCCGGGUAAUUCCCCACUGGCCGCCCACCUCGCAGCAUGCUGGCUGGCCUCCGUCCAUCUCUGGGAUGAGACAGGCAGCUCACCUCAGUGCCAGCCUAAUAUCUUUAUAUCUGUAUGCCAUGACCCUUCUACAAGUC